AUGGCCUCUGAACACGAUGAUCGUCUGCCCACGCUCCUCUCCUCCCUCCAGCCCUCGUCCUACUACUUUUCCCUCGAAUUUUUCCCUCCCAAGACGUCCUCUGGCUUCUCCAACCUACAAGCGCGUCUUGCUCGCAUGGCGACGGCCCUACGCCCUCUAUUUGUCACAGUUACCUGGGGUGCAGGCGGUUCUACAGCCACAAAGUCCCUAGAACUGGCCGAAGUAUGCCAACGACAAAUCGGGCUCACCACAGUACUGCACUUGACCUGUACGAACAUGAAGAGAAAUAUGAUUGACGAGGCACUGGAAGGGGCCAAGGAGAUUGGGAUCAGAAACAUUUUGGCCCUGAGGGGAGACCCUCCUCGGGAAGAAUACAAGGAUGCCACCUCGACGGACGAUAGUGAAAGUGGCAGUGGUGGGUCGGGGACAGAGAGCAACCAAGAGUUUACGUGGGCUGUGGACCUGGUACGAUACAUCCGGCGCAAGCAUGGCGACUAUUUUGCAGUUGGCGUUGCGGGUUAUCCGGAGGGCCAUGCAGACGAAUCGCACCCAGAGCAGGGGAAACAGAGCGUGGAACAUGAUCUACCCUAUCUUGCCGAGAAAGUCGCAGCGGGUGCCGAUUUCAUCAUGACACAGCUCACCUAUGACAUUGCAGCCUACGCCGCAUAUGAGAAGAGGUUACGAGGGUACGCCGAUCAAGACGGGAAGAGGUUGUUUGAAAAGAUCCCCAUCAUCCCCGGUCUCAUGCCCAUCCAGUCCUACCAAAUCAUCAAACGAAUCACCAAGCUCAGCCACGCAAAACUGCCCGAGGACAUUUCCCAGCGAAUCGAACGUGUGAAGUCGGACGAUGAGGCGGUCAAGAAGGUUGGGGUCGACAUCCUUUCGGAACUGGUUGAGGAAAUGAAGACGUUGACGCAGCCCGAAGGGCUUCCUCGAGGUUUCCAUUUCUAUACCUUGAAUCUGGAGAAGAGCGUAUCUUUCAUCCUAGAGAGAACAGGGUUGAUUCCUACAAUCUCAAGUGAAGGGAGUGUUGAAGACAAGGACGGGGACUCAGCAUCGGAUUCAGACGUGGUUGUCGACGACAGCAAGCAAAGUACUCCGGCCAUCGUCACGACUGGGCCGGGGGAAGACAGGCACGAAGAGCAACCUUCUGGCUUUGUGCGACGAAGGAGAAGUUCUGUCAACGCACAGCCCCACAACCGUGUAAUAACCGAUCGGAGAUCUGAGCCCCGAACGGAAUCUCGUCGACCUGACUCAGACACUGACCCUCCUGGACUGGGACCCAGUCCAAAUUUGAAAUUGACGUCUCAACAUUUGGCGACAGACCGUGGGACUGGAAUUCCUGCCGCAUCUCCCACCCGGCAGCAUAGCCUGCUCAUAUCCGAAGGACAAGGCUCUCUAGGGCGCGAAGCGACGUGGGACGAUUUUCCUAAUGGGCGUUGGGGCCCUUCGCACUCGCCUGCGUUUGGGGAGAUUGAUGGCUACGGACCGAGUCUGAAAGUGAGUCCGCUGAUGGCGAGGAAGUUGUGGGGCUAUCCGAGGAGCAGACAAGAUGUGACGGAACUUUUUAGACGCCACGUAUUGGGGGAGCUCGCGGCCGUGCCAUGGAGUGAUGACAUCGAUCCCGAUCUCGUUUCGCCCGGUGGGGGAUCUGCCGAUGGCUCUACAAAUUCCAGCGCGCUCCGUGCUGAGACAGACGUGAUUCGGGCUGAGCUGAUAUCCCUCAUCAGUCGCCAGAAUUAUUGGACGCUUGCCUCUCAACCCGCCGUCGACGGCGCGCCCUCUUCUGAUCCUGUGUUUGGCUGGGGACCUCCGGGCGAAGGAUUUGUCUUUCAAAAGGCGUUUGUCGAGUUCUUCUGUGGGCGAGAUGAGUGGGAGGAUAAGCUGCGGCCACGCCUGAUCAAGCACGGGAGCGACGUGUUGGGCUGGAUGAAGACCGAUGCCGAGGGAUUAUUUGAAAGCAGUGAGCUUGUAGCUCGGGAUCAAGCUCGAAACCAGAAGACACGGGCAGCUGCAGAUACCGAGAAAGAAAACUCCAAACCAGCCUCUGUUUCACAAGGUGCAGAUCAGAAAGUCGCUACUUCAACCUCGACUUCCUCGCCAACGAAUACGGUCAACGCCGUGACCUGGGGCGUGUUCCCUUCGCGCGAAAUCUUGACGCCGACCAUCAUCGAGGCCGAAUCGUUUCGUGCCUGGGCACAAGAAGCGUACGCGAUAUGGAAUGAAUGGAAGCGAUGCUUUCCCCGAGGAAGCCCAGAGAGCGUGUUUUUGGAGAAGAUGGGAAAGGAUAAUGUCUUGGUCAAUGUGGUCGGCCAGGGGUUCCGCGGCGGACAUAACGGUGGCAAGGGAGAAGGGGGGCGACUAUGGAGGAUAUUGUUGGGCGAGGAUGGAGAUGACAAGACUUAG